UCUCUCUCUCUCUCUCUUUGGUCGGCGUGGUCGCGGUCGGUUUGGCCAAAUAAAGAAGUACUGUGCCCACGUUUUUAACUCUUUCUCGGGCUUGAGCUUCAAAGUUGAGUCCUAAAUCUAGUAAAAUCGUUCAUUUCCAAAGACUCAGUUUUUUGUCUGGAAAAUACCCAGAUACACCAUAAUCAAAAGCUUCUUCAUUUGUUGCGCAGGUUCUCUCUCCGUCUCUCUAUCUCUGAUCUAAGUGUCUUGGUGUUCUGGGACUGGAGCGGAGGAGCGCUGGACUCAUAUGGGGAACCUUUGAUUUUAUUAAUGAAACAAUGAUGGCUAAUCCAAACGCAUCAACAUCGAUAGUCUCUUCAGAAUCCUCUGAAGAAAAGGCCACACAUAUGGCGGAUUCAAACAUGAACAUGUUUGAACCUUCUUUAAGCCAUCAAAGUCGAAACACCUCAGAUGGUCCUGUCGCUAUCCUUUGGGACAUUGAGAAUUGCCCUGUUCCUAGUGAUGUCCGCCCUGAAGACGUAGCGGGUAAUAUUAGAAUGGCUUUGCGGGUUCACCCUAUAAUUAAAGGAGCUGUUGUGAUGUUUUCUGCCUAUGGAGAUUUUAAUGCAUUCCCCAGGCGACUUAGAGAGGGCUGUCAGAGAACUGGUGUCAAACUCAUAGAUGUUCCAAAUGGGAGAAAGGAUGCUGCUGACAAGGCUAUCUUGGUCGACAUGUUUCUUUUUGCUCUUGACAAUCCUCCACCUUCUUCCAUUAUGUUAAUCUCUGGGGAUGUAGAUUUUUCUCCAGCUCUUCACAUACUUGGUCAACGUGGAUAUACUGUAAUCCUUGUUAUACCUUCUGGUGUUGGUGUUUCAUAUGCCCUCACUAAUGCUGGUAAGUUUGUUUGGGAUUGGCCUAGUGUGGCUCGUGCGGAAGGCUUCGUUCCCCUCACCAAGGUUUUAAUGGCUCCUCGUGGAGGAGUAGCUGACGUUUCAGGAUAUCUCAUGGGCAACCAAAAUUACCAAAAUGAUGAAGAGGCAAUUGUAUAUAGGGGAAUGUCACAGAGCUAUUAUAACUCGAUGGAUUUCUCGAUAGUGUCACAAUCUUUAUCUGAGUACAACAAUAAUUCUUCAAGCAUGCCUUGGUUUCCGUCAACUUUGCGCUCACACAGUCUUCCUUCUGGUUUGAAUGAAGUCCCCGGAGUCGGUGUUUCUUCUGAUGAUAUGUGGGUACAACCUGGAGACCUAAAUGGUCUAAAGUGCCAGUUAGUAAAAAUGCUGGAACUCUCAGGAGGAUGCCUGCCUCUGACCCGAGUUCCGUCUGAGUACCAAAAGUUUUUCGGGCGGCCUCUUUAUGUAGCGGAGUAUGGGGCGCUCAAGCUCGUAAAUCUUUUCAGGAAGAUGGGUGACAUAAUGGCGGUAGAGGGGAAGGGCCAACGGAAGUUUGUCUAUCUUCGAAAUUGGAGGGCAGGUCCUAGUGCACCUCCUCAACUUUUGACAAGGAAGGAUAAGAAAGGAAAGGGGAUCCAGGAAGAGAGCGCAGAUAUUGUCAUGGGUGCUGGCUCUUCCGAUGAGUUCUCAGAUGAAGAGAGAGUGGUUGUAGAAGAAAAUGACGUGAGCAGGAGCCAUGGAAAUACUGAUCAGGGAACAGCAGCUCAAUGUGAAGUUGAUGACCAUAGUCUUGAGCAGUUCAAACAUGAGUUGCAAGAGAUUCUAGUCAGCUAUUCUUGUCGGAUAUUUCUCGGUUGCUUUGAGGCGAUAUACCAGCAAAGAUACAAGAAACCACUGGAAUAUCAUAGAUUUGGUGUGGAUCAGCUAGAGGAGCUGUUGGAGAAAGUGAGAGAUGUGGUGGUGUUGCAUGAAGAACCCAUCAGCAAGAAGAAGUUUCUGGCUGCUGUUGGUGGCUAGACAAAAUAAGGCAGCUGAGAUUUCUGUACCCUUCUGAUGCUUUUACUUAAUAUAUAGAAAAAAAAAAAGAAAAAAAAGAAAAAAAAGAAAAAAGAAAUCAAAAGUAAGCUUAUUAUAUUGACAGAGUCCAGCGUUUUUCCUUUCAGUUCGUCCUGCAUGGAUUUGAAGCUUUUAGAUUGAAAAUUUCCAUGUAAGACUUCUUUCCUUUUUCUUGUAACUGAUUACCUACUAAUGGAGGUCUGGCUGUAAAUUGACCUGCAUUUUGUUUUUUUUAUCUGAUAUUAUAAGCAAAGAGAGAAUUUUCUUUUC